CGUUGAAGAGAUCGGUAGACCUUCUAUGCCUCCAGUGUAUGCCACCAUUCCUCAUUAGGCAAGCGUGAGGGGUCAAACACAGACACAGCCUCACAAUCACGACUCUCCUCCACUCUUAGAGCCACCCUCAUCAUCUUGCCCUCAAUUGUAUCUAUAGCAGAUCCCACUGCUUCUACCCCAAAAAUACUUCAACCUAAACAUGCCUCCCACUCAAUUCCGCCUGAUAUUCAACGUCCCCCCCACCGGCCUUGCAGCCUGCAAAGCUGCCAUAUUUGCUGCCGGGGCUGGUCGCUACCCCGGCGGGAAGUAUACCGAGUGUUGCUGGACCACUGCUGGAACGGGCCAGUUCCGACCUGGUGACGCUGCCAACCCGCAUAUUGGAACUGUGGGCGCGUUGGAGGAGACCCCAGAGGUCAGGGUUGAGACGAUUUGUGUGGGAGAGGAUGUUGCACGGCAGGCUGUAGAGGCGUUGAAGAGGGCUCAUCCGUAUGAGCAGCCGUCAUAUAGUGUUUUUCGAAUGGAGGAGUUUUGAUCACCUGUAGUGGGAGUACGAGUUAUGUCUUGGUGCGGCUUAGAAGGGUGGAACCGAGUAUUUGCAUCAAGUUUGUGUAUAUAGCUUCUCACCUGGUCACUUCUUGGGAGCGUUGUGUCUGACAUCGCCGGCUGUCGAAAGGGUAUACGAUGAUCCCCUUCCUUGCUUGAUGGUAAACCUC